GACAUCUGUUGCUUCGCACGUUCACCGCAUGAGGUCUUCAAUUCUCUCGGAGUUGUCACUUCUGCCAAUUUCUCCCUUAACGCAUAAGGUUUUUCGAGCCACGAGCGACCACGAGGUCCCACGUCCCACCACGUUCCCAAAGGGGUUGUGAAAGUUUAAAAAUAGUCGAAUACAAGAGUUGGUGAGAUGAACGUGUAAAUCUCUGUCUUCUCGAAUUUUGAUUUCGAAUUCAAUAUAAAUUUAUUGUCGAGAAGCUCUAUCUGAUCAUGGCUUCGAAAGUCACGCUCUCCCAGGCUCUGGGAACGGACGGAACUGAUUUCAGUCACAGACAAAAAAUCGCCACACAUUACCACAUUAGUGCAACAAACAAAUCAAGACUUAAGUAUUGUAUCUUCUUUCAUUAUCUGUUAUUUUUUGUCAUGCUCGCCAAGCUGUCUGCAGAUAUAUUAGAUCGUCUGGAUAUAUUUAUCUUGGAAAUAGAAGAAUUACAAAUACCACAGCCAUUAUGGUGGGAAUACAUAUGGUGUACUAGUUUAUUUUUAUCUUUUCUUGCCUUGUCUGCAAUUAAAAGAAAUAAAAUCAAGACAUUGCAAAAAUAUAUGAUGGGUAUUGUUCUGUUGGGGUAUGGUCCGUUGACUUAUGCUACUGUGUAUUAUUUUAAGGAUGUUUGGACAUAUUUAAGUAUAGGUAAAACCGAAUAUAUCCAUAUAUGGCAGGGUUUACCAUAUGGCCUACUGUGGUAUGCUUUCAUUCUCUUAGCCUCACAGGUUCAUUGUUUUUCUUUAUACUUUUCUUGGAAUCUACUGGUUGCUUGGAAGACAAGAGGCACCAAAAAAGUGGACUGAAUCUAAACAAGAAAUCAUUAUGCUUAUGAACUACAUAUAAACUAUGGACAUCUGUCCUACAGUAUGAGAGAGAAAGAGCUAUAUUGUUCAUGGUGUGAGAAAACAAUAACAUAUAAUUGUUGUACAAGGAAUAACAUCUAAAAUAUGUGAAAUUCAAUGAGAAAUGUAUUUUAUAGAUUUAUAUAUAUGUAUAAUAUAUAUAUUCUAAAUAUAUAUGUAUAUAUAUAUAUAUCA